AUGCCAUUCCAGCAUCGCCGGAGCCUGACAGAGACAGAGACAGAGACUUUGCUGCACUCCGGCACAGCUGAUGGAACUACGUGGGGCUCCAGCCUGCAAGUGCUCACCUCGAGGCUGCGAGUGAGCUCCACGCCCAUCUCCGCCUGCGGCUCGGAGGAGAGCUGCUGA